AAUCCAUGACAUGUUAUGAUCGGCCGUAGAUUUUGGACUGAUAGACUUUGGACUUUUAUUUACUUUUAAUUUAUUUUGUACUCGAUAUAUAAGUUUAGCAAUUUUAACUUUUCUAAACGUGUGUUUAUAAUUUGAAUUAUAAUGUCGUUUCUUGCAAAAACAUCGAUUUUUGGAAAUAUUUACAAGUUCGCACCCGUUUCAGGUGUGCUAUCCAGAUUAUACUCAAGCGAGGUACCACAAUUUGAAACUCUAGCCAUCACAGUGCCAAAAAAACAUGUGUUCCAUGUUGAGCUUAACCGUCCAAAGCAACUCAACAGUAUUACUAGUUUGAUGUGGAAAGAGUUAAAGGAUUGCUUCGAGUCCCUUAAUGAGAAUUCAGAAUGCCGGGUUGUGUUACUGUCUGCGAGAGGAAAACAUUUUACAGCAGGUAUUGACUUCAACAGUCUUCUGGAAGAGAACUCGAAAGCUGAAGAACACGAAGAUGUUGCCAGGAAGGCUAAGAUAUUCGAAAAGUUAAUAACACACUGUCAGGAUGGUAUAACAUCAUUGGAGCGCUGCAACAAGCCUAUACUGGCUGUUGUUCACAGUGCAUGUGUGGGUGCCGGGGUGGACCUUAUCACUGCUGCAGAUGUAAGGUAUUGUACCCAGGACGCCUGGUUCCAAGUGAAGGAGGUGGACGUGGGCUUAGCAGCUGAUGUUGGUACCUUACAGAGACUACCUAAGGUAGUCGGUAACACAUCCACAGUCAGAGAACUGUGUUUUACUGCUAGAAGAUUUGAUUCGCAGGAAGCAAGCGAACUCGGCUUAGUUAGCAGAGUUUAUUCUGAUCAAGAAAGUGCAAUCAAGAAUGUUCUAGAAACAGCAGUAAUUAUAGCGUCAAAGAGUCCAGUAGCGGUUCAAAAUACCAAAAAAUCGCUGGUAUACUCUCAGAGUAGACCAAAUGAAGUCGGGCUUGAACAUAUCAAAUUAAUAAAUCAAGCUAUGUUACAAAGUGAAGACUUAAAGAAGGCGGCCAUCGCACAAGCAACUAAAUCAACCACAGAAUAUGAAAACCUAUAAUAAGUUUUACAAUGUAUAAAUAUUUUAUAAACGUAUUUAAAAUAUUUUUAAGUAUAAUAAUUAGAAUAUUUCUUACAAUAAAGUUAUUAUAUACGUAUUAA